UUUCGCGAUUUGUGAUUUACCUUCACUCACAUAAAUCACCCCAGACUUACCAUCAUCCUACCUAGCGCAACCUAUCUGAUAGGUUGGAUCUGAAAGAUGGAUCCCGGGCGACGUGCUAUGAUAUAUGGCCGUAAGUCACCCCCUCGCCGCGAUAUCACAUCUCCUAGACGAGAUCCCAGCUCCAGGAUCACGAAGCCCUCGCGACCGACGCAACCUAAACCAUCGAAUUCUACUACACAAAAUUGGCUGAGCCAGGAUGAGCAAUCCAGACAGUUUGUCGCAGAUGAGGACAAGUUCGUUUUGAAGCAAGCCAAGAAGAAGGCCGAUAUCCGAGUUCGUGAAGGGCGAGCCAAACCUAUCGAUCUCUUAGCAUUCAACCUGCGAUACGUUGACACUGACCGAGAUGUCUUCGACGAUGACGACGCCGACGUCGACAUUGACGUACCCCAACCCGACACCGUUAUUAAUGGGCUAAAAGAAUCAGAGCUUGUCGAGCUCGAGGCAGAUAUCACACCAUACCACACGCUAGAGACAAAUGCGAUGAAUAGGGACUAUUGGAAGGCACUGCGGACAAUCUGCGCAGAUAGAAGACAACGACUUAAGCCUAUGGGUCCCGAGCAACGCGCAGUUAGCUCAGUCAUUGCGGAUGUGGACAAGAUACUGGGCCCAAAGAAUCUACAGCAGUUGGAGAAAUUGGAGGGCCAGAUACAGGCCAAACUGCGUUCCGACGAGGUCAUGGAUACUGAUUACUGGGAACAGCUACUCAAGAGCUUGCAGAUCUUCAAAGCAAAAGCUAAACUUAAGAUCAUAUAUGAGGCGAUCAGAGAGAGAAGAGUCCAGCUUCUGAAAGAGCGCGAUCCGGAAAAGGCAAAGGCGCUUGCCGAGUCUGAAUCGCUUGGAAGUGUUGCGCGCUCCGAUCCUAAGGACACCUCGGCGAAUUCAAAUUCCAAAUUGAAGCACAGUGCAACAGCUAUUUCUCUAGCCAGCAGCUCGACCAGCGCACCACCUCCUGGUACUGCUCGGUUCGCUACCGGCGGAAAUGAAGACUUCUCGCAAGCUACGAAAGCUUUAUACGAACGAGAGGUUGCUCGCGGAGUCAGUGAGAACGAGGAGAUAUUCACUGCUGAAGAGUCUGUUUCGAGCACUACAAAACCACAGUGGGCAGACAAGUACCGGCCUCGUAAGCCGCGGUAUUUCAACCGUGUGCAAAUGGGCUACGAAUGGAACAAGUACAAUCAAACACAUUACGAUCAUGAUAACCCUCCGCCAAAGGUGGUUCAGGGAUAUAAAUUCAACAUCUUCUAUCCUGACCUGAUUGACAAGACGAAGGCGCCCACCUUUAAGAUCAUUCGCGAGCACGGAAGGAGACGAGGCGAAUCCUUUGCGCCCGCUGGAGAAGAGGAUACUUGCUUGAUUCGAUUCAUUGCCGGGCCACCAUACGAGGAUAUUGCUUUCCGGAUUGUCGAUCGGGAAUGGGAUUACAGCGCCAAAAAGGACCGUGGCUUUAAAAGCAGCUUUGACAAGGGAAUCCUUCAACUCCAUUUCCAAUUCAAAAAGAUUUAUUACCGGAAGUAGACGGCUACUUAUUAUCCGUGGGAUACCACAUUUUCCACGACAAACACGAAGACGACUACCCUUGGGCUUCGUACAAGAGAUCUUCUCUGUCUUGAUUUCGAGCUGUUGGAAAUGCUGGCUAGGCAUAAGACUAGUAAUGACAUCAACAGACGGCUUACAGGGCGCUAUUAUCUAGCGAAACGUGGCGGCGAAUCAAGGACUUGUCCUGAUCUGAGUGACACAACACUCGGAGAGCUGCCUUACCUCCCUGAUCUAGCUGGUUUCUGGAAGACUGGGAUCAGUAGAA